CAUACGUCUCUCCUUCAUUCUCCUCCUCCACAGCUCUCCGACUACACGGUUGGAAAGUCGCUCCACUUUCAUUCGACAUCGUUGAUCGGAUCGAAGGUCAGUUUCUUUUUUAAGGAAGAUAUUCGAAAUCAGUCCACUUACGGCCCAAUUGCUUAAAAAUUAGGCCAUCUCAGGCUCAGCCCAUUAUCACGUAGCCCCGAUCUCUGUUUACACACGUGCAUUGAAUCAUCCCUACUCCAAGCAUUUCGAUUGGUCUCCGAGCUUAAGGUGCCCCGCCACACAAGAGCCUUCAAUAAAUCAUCCCGUCCCUUUCUUAAAACGGUGCGAUUCCGUCGAUUUCUGAGUUCGAGUUAAAUUGAGUUGUGCAGUGGAGUAAAAAUAAUGGCUAAGAAAAAGCAAGUUGCUAAAGAGGGGAGCAUGGAGGAGCCCAAAAUGGACAUGAGGAAGAUUAUGAAAGAAAUCGAGUUUUUGGGCUCCUCACGAAUGACCUGGAAGGAAAGAAAGGAGUUGGAAAAUAAGAAGAUAGUUUCUUUAGGUGGAAAGCCUCCUAAGAAGCAGAGACUGCCAUUAAGUGUAGCACGAGCACAAAUGAAGAACCAAAAGGAGAGGGAACAGAAAAUGUUACAAGAGAGUUUGAUUCUUGGACGAUAUGAGCGGAAGCUUGGUGGUGGAACUAAAAGAGCGGUGGAGAGGCGCAUGCCUGAGGACAGAGUGCUGAAAUCAAGUGAAGGUCAUUUCAGAAACGGUGUAUUAGAUGUGAAGCACUUGUUACAUUCUGGUCCAUCUAGAAACAACGAAAGCAGUAGCAGCUAUAUCAGUAAAGGAAAAAAGAAAACGGGUGGUGGAAAGAACAAACGAAGUAAGAAGGGAGGUGGUAUAAAGCUCCACUGAGCUGAUCUGAGAUCAGAAACACUUGUUCUUUAGUAGCAGAUGGAAAUCGAUUUUGUUUCUAUUCAUAUCUAUAGAAAAUGUGUUGGUGAUUUUAACUCCUUGUAAGAGGAAGAUGUGAGUAGAUUAGUUUUAAGAAUGGUCAGUGAUCUGGCUCGUCGGUCUUGGAGGCUCUUGCAUGACUUGCAUUGAAUUAGUUGAAAGAUAUUUAUCCAUAAGAUAACAAGUUAAAUUAACCCUUUCGCA